UCCUCUCUCUUCCAUCUACUCAUCUAAUCCCUCUCCCCGUAGAGGAUCACACAAAAAAACACAUCAACUCACUUUCUUGGAAAACAAGAAUUAUCACGAUUAGGUUCGAGAUACCAUAAUUGGAGAGGGAAGUUUGUGGGGGAAUAAUUGGACUGCAUCAUAACUCAUAACCGACCCAGCCUUGAUCCAGCCUUGGUCUCAUUUCCAGCCCCAGACCGAAUCGAUUUUAAGAGCAAACGCGAGUCAGGCUACGUUCACCUAUCUGGCGCAAAGAUCCACAGCAAUCUCUACCUACCCAUAACAUUUCAAUUCAGAAUACGGCCAUCGGCUAAGCUUAUCACGGACCUGUGCACGUUCGGAUAUCAUUAUAUCGACAAGUUAAGAAAGUAAAGCAUUAUUCAUCUCAAGUUCCGUACUCCGACGAACUGCCUCUACCUCGUUCAACCAUCUAUCUUUGCGCGGUUCCCUCGCGCCGCAACGAAAAUGGGGUCGACAAAUUUUGGUAAUUUCGACGCGUUUUGCCGCGAUUCGACUUUACCGGUCUGCAAUGUUCUCUCGGAGAGUCAUGACCAACGAGGCGGAUGGGGUGGUUGCGAGCUACAAGGCAUUCCUCUAUCUGGUGGCCGUUACUUGGGAAAUCUAGGGUCUAUAUUACUUUGUGGUAUCGCCAUUGUCGUUUCAAUACUGCUAUUGUUGCGUUCGGAAAGAAAGAAGGCUGCAGUUGGCCGGAGGGAGAUGCAAUUGUUCCUCAUCGGGUUUAUCAUAAUCGAGAUAUGCGAAAUAUUCACCGUUGGGGAGUUUCCUCUUAAUGGGACAGUGCGGGUCGCCUUCACCGGAAUCCACAUCGGAAUGAUCAUCGCGACAACAUGGAUUCUACUACUUAAUGCCAUCGUGGGAUAUCAGAUUCUCGAUGACGGUACUCCAGUUUCCCUGGGACUCAUGUUCCUCUCCGGCGCCAUCCUCUUUGUCGGUACCGGUUAUAUCACGCUCGAUACGGGAUUUCACUGGACCAACGAAUUUAUUACCAGGGCCGACGACCAUUACCGAAACAUCGCACUUUACGUACUCUACCAGCUCGCCCCGCUUGUUUUCCUCGUGGCCUUCUUUGUCUUGGAAGCCGUUCUCGUCCUCAGAAUCUUGGGUGAGAUUCGGCCCAUGAUCUACCUCACAGGUGCUGCCAUUCUGUUCGCGAUAGGCCAGGUCUUCAACUACGUCAUCAGCCCGUACAUUUGCAACGGAACUAGUGGCAAGAUCGACGGUGCGUUAUUUCAGACGCUCUUCACUCUGCUCUCGGUUAUUAUGAUCUGGGUAUUCUGGUCGAGCAUCACUGAAGACGACUGGCCGAUCGCUAGCCAGCCCACAGGCUACCCUUAAAUUUUUUUUGUCUCUGAUUUUUCUGCGGCGUCGGCGUUCAGGUUCACCAAUAUACCCGUUCUUGUUCUCUUCUUUUCAUUCCUUCGCUGCUUCCCAUGGGCAACAUGCCGUUUUGCCGGGAACAGCAAUAACAAAAAAUACCAUUGAAAAUUUAAUGCACGUAGAAAUCCUAGUUAUCUUAAACAAGGGUGGGCCGAAAAAGCACGAUCGCAUGCGCAAUACGAAGCGACGCGAGCACGCUUGGAGAGAGGGGGGAUGUGAUAUUCAUACAUAGGGUGGCAGAUGUGCCAUUCGCCAGUUGGCGGAGAGGUUAAAGGCGUGGUUGAUAGUAUACCCCGGAUAUGUGCGACUAAUGUAUAUGAGGUCGUAUGGUACAGUUGAAUAGUUCCAAGCUUGACGAGCCACGUUAGUGAAAUUUUUUCUUUUCUUCUUUUAAUGCUGCAUGACGUGAGUGAGCCGGCAUUAUUUACCUACCUACCAAGGUACCUAUGUACAUAAGAAGGUAUGCAGGUAGAAGCAGCAUGAACAUGUAUG